ACGAGUGCACGCUAGGUUUGUCGUUUGAAAGUUGUCGAAAGGAGACAUUUUGUCACGCCUGAAUUAAAGAAAUUUUCGGAGAAAGGAUGGCUAAAAGUCCUGCAGUAGGUAUCGAUUUGGGCACAACGUACUCUUGUGUUGGUGUAUUUCAACAUGGCAAAGUUGAAAUCAUUGCAAAUGACCAAGGGAACAGAACAACUCCAAGCUAUGUCGCUUUUACCGACUCUGAGCGUUUAAUUGGCGAUGCUGCUAAAAAUCAAGUCGCCAUGAAUCCAACCAACACAGUUUUUGAUGCUAAACGUUUGAUUGGAAGAAAGUUUGAUGAUGCUGAAGUUCAGUCUGAUAAGAAACAUUGGCCUUUCACUGUGAUCAAUGAAGGAUCGCCCAAAGUAGAAGUAGAAUAUAAAGGAGAAAAGAAGCGCUUUUUCCCUGAAGAGGUAUCGUCCAUGGUGCUUACAAAAAUGAAGGAGACUGCUGAAGCCUAUCUUGGGAAGAAAGUGACUGAUGCUGUUGUCACUGUUCCAGCAUACUUCAAUGAUUCACAACGUCAGGCUACAAAGGAUGCUGGUGUUAUUGCUGGUCUCAAUGUACUUCGAAUCAUUAAUGAGCCAACAGCAGCUGCCAUUGCAUAUGGUUUGGAUAAAAAAGUUGGCAGCGAAAAGAAUGUAUUAAUCUUUGAUUUAGGUGGGGGUACAUUUGAUGUAUCUGUUCUUGCUAUUGAAGAUGGUAUCUUUGAAGUGAAAUCUACAGCUGGGGAUACUCAUCUUGGUGGGGAAGAUUUUGAUCAAAAUAUGGUGGAUCAUUUUGUGAAGGAAUUCAAAAGAAAACACAAAAAGGACAUUUCUGGCAACAAGCGUGCCAUGAGGCGUUUACGUACACAAUGUGAAAGAGCAAAGAGAACUCUGUCAUCCAGUACUCAGGCUAAUGUAGAAAUCGAUUCCCUCUUUGAGGGCAUUGAUUUCUAUACUAGCAUUACUCGUGCUCGAUUUGAAGAACUUUGUGCAGAUAAGUUCCGUGGCACUCUUCAGCCUGUUGAGAAAUCACUAAAGGAUGCUAAUCUGGACAAGCAACAAAUUCACGACAUUGUUCUUGUUGGUGGAUCAACUCGUAUUCCUAAAAUUCAAAAAUUACUCCAGGAAUUCUUUGGUGGGAAAGAGCUAAAUAAAUCAAUCAAUCCUGAUGAAGCUGUUGCCUAUGGUGCUGCAGUUCAAGCUGCCAUCUUAUCAGGUGAUACAAGUGAUGAUGUGAAAGAUCUUUUGCUUAUUGAUGUUACUCCACUUUCUCUUGGACUUGAAACUGCUGGUGGUGUCAUGACAGCUAUCAUUACAAGAAACACAACCAUCCCAACAAAGAAAACACAAACGUUUACCACUUAUUCAGACAAUCAACCAGGUGUACUUAUUCAAGUAUUUGAGGGUGAGCGUGCAAUGACUUCGGAUAAUAACCUUCUUGGCAAGUUUGAAUUGUCAGGUAUUCCUCCUGCACCCAGAGGUGUUCCUCAAAUUGAUGUCACAUUUGAUAUUGAUGCCAAUGGUAUUCUCAAUGUGAGUGCUGUUGAGAAAAGUACUGGCAAAGAAAACAAGAUCACCAUCACCAACGAUAAAGGAAGAUUGAGCAAGGAUGACAUUGAUAGAAUGGUUUCUGAGGCUGAGAAAUACAAGGCUGAUGAUGAUAAGCAAAGAGAUCGUGUUCAAGCCAAGAAUGGUUUGGAAAGCUAUGCUUAUCAAAUGAAACAAACAAUGGAAGAUGAAAAGCUGAAAGAUAAAAUUAGUGAAGAUGAAAAGAAAACAGUCUUGGAUAAGUGCAAUGAAGUUAUCUCCUGGUUGGAUUCCAAUCAAACUGCUGAAAAAGAUGAGUAUGAAGAUAAACAAAAGGAGUUGGAAAAGAUAUACAAUCCCAUCAUUACCAAAGUUUAUCAGGGUGCAGGUGGUGGUGCUGGAAUGCCAGGAGGAAUGCCUGGUGGGAUGCCAGGUGGUUUUCCUGGUGCAGGUGCUGAUGGUGCUCAACAAUCUCAACAGUCACAAGGUCCUACCAUUGAAGAAGUUGAUUAAAGUUCAAAAAAGAAACAUUUUCUACUUGUUUGAAUGAAUUAUUGUGUUAUAAAAACCUAAUUCUCAAUCUAGAGAUUCCUAUUUCAUGUACUUUCAUGUUACAAUUUCCUUAAAUUUUCCUGUUGACAAUGUUAAAAUAAAUGCAUCAUUACUCUCAAUUGAAAA